UGAAAAUUCUUCUUUAACAAGUCUGAAAAAGAGCGAUAUUCCCUAGCAUUUGAGUGUUUCACAGUUUGCGCUACUGCACACGUCAUCGGCGUUCAAAAUUGAAAAUUGUAGCGUGACGCUAACGGCUUUCUGUGUGUCUGAUUUAGUGGCGAGAUUGUUCGUAAAGCUGUGUUGUUCUUUUAUUCAUUUUCCUGCGCUUGUGCGACGAAACUCACUUUGAACAAAGCGUUCAUGUAUGCUGAAUAAAAGGAGUAUCGUUGGAAACGUUUGAAAGUUCUCGAAGCAACGGCUGAUAGUGUCAGCGGCAUCGGCGGUGCCGCGAUGUUAUGACAAUGUAUUUGUAGCUUACCACGUCGAAACGAUGGUUUUCAACAAGAAAGACUUCGGCAAGGCGUACUCGCCGAAUAAAGUCAGGAAAGCGGAAAAGAAAUUGUUAUCGACUGUUAGAUCGGCCAAGCCGAGCACAAGCGGCAUUACGGCUGUAAAAACCGAUGAUUCUUCCGAAAUAUCGAUUAAGGUGAUUGUAAGAGUACGUCCCCACAAUGAACGUGAGCUGCAAGAUAAUAGCAGAACAGUCAUCGAAGUUGUGGAUGACAGAAUGCUGAUCUUUGAUCCAAAGGAGCAAGCAACGCCUUUCUUCUUUCACAAUGUGGCGCAGAAGGGCAGAGAUAUGCUGAAAAGACAAAACAAACAGAUGCAAUUUAUCUUUGACAGGAUCUUCGACUCUACAUCCACCAAUGUUGAUGUGUUUGAGGGAAGCACCAAAAGUUUAAUUAGUAGUCUUCUGGAAGGUUACAAUUGCUCUGUGUUUGCUUAUGGCGCGACUGGUGCUGGUAAAACUCACACUAUGCUAGGAAACAGAGAAGAUCCUGGUAUUACAUAUCGUACUGUGGCAGAAUUAUUUUCCGAAAUUGAAAAUCAGAGUAAACAUCGUGAAUUUAAUUUGGGUGUAUCUUACCUAGAGAUAUAUAACGAGAAUGUACAAAACUUGCUGCACAAGACUGGUCAGUUACAUCUGAGGGAAGAUGGUAGAUGCGGAGUUGUGGUUGCUGGAUUAGAACCAAUCGCUAUCCAAAGCGCUGAGGAAUUAUUGUCACUAUUGGCAGAAGGUAAUAAGAAUCGUACUCAACAUCCGACAGAUGCAAACAAGGAGAGUAGUAGAAGUCAUGCAGUUUUCCAAGUAUAUAUCAAGAUGAUCAAUAAGCUGGAUAGUCAAGUGCAGCGAGUCAAAUUGUCCAUGAUCGAUUUAGCGGGAUCCGAAAGAGCUUCAGCAACUGGAUGUAAAGGCGUAAGGUUUAAGGAAGGUGCUAACAUCAACAAAUCCUUAUUGGCUCUUGGAAAUUGUAUAAAUAAUCUUGCGGAUGGUAUAAAACAUAUUCCGUAUAGAGAUUCCAAGCUUACUAGGUUACUGAAAGAUUCACUCGGCGGUAAUUGCCAUACCGUUAUGAUAGCUAAUAUUGGUCCCUCCAGCCUUACCUAUGAGGACACGUAUAAUACAUUGAGAUACGCGAAUCGGGCAAAGAAGAUCAAAUCAAACGCCAAGAAGAACGUGUCUUGCGAAAUGCACGUCGCUGGUUACAUCAAGAUAGUUGAGGAACAGAAAAAGGAAAUAGAUAUUUUGAAAUCAAAAUUAGCAGCUUUUGAGAAUGGCGCGUUGCAAUCGACAUUGGAAAACAAGCCAAAUAAAUUGUUGACGGAUGUACACUGCAAACUGGCAAAAUUCUACGAUCAGAAAAAAGAUUUGAUUGAGAAGAUGUUGGCCUUGGAAAGUUCUGAUAAGAUAUUAGCCUGUAGAAUACUUUACAAAAAGGAUGCGGAUGAAAGACUUCACAACCUGACAGCAGCUAAUGAUGUUUUGUUGCCAGAAGAACAAAACGCCAGUGGAAAGUUGCGCAUUAACAAGUCUGUGCACCAUUUCCAACGGCAAAGAGAUUCUCUUAGAGUGCAAAUGGAAGAAACAUGGCAAGAAUUAUGUUCGAUUGAAAUGGAGAUACAGGAGAUAACUGCUUCUCUGAAAAGCGAACCUCUUGAUGAGAAUCUGCAAAACAAACUGUCUUUACAAAUUUCUGGGAUUGAGAAAUGUUGGAUUUCCGGAAUGCAACAACAUGUGAUGAAGCUCGGUGGUCUUAUGCAAUGCGAGAGGCACUCGAUCAACACUAUAACAAAAAUGAUGAGUAAAACUUUGCAGAAUUACUAUAAUAUGGUGAAAGGUUACGGAACAAUGACUGAUAAGAUGCAACUAGAGUUUAAAGAAUUAAUCAAGUUGCUCGAAGGUUUUCGAAAUAUUAAAUGGUCCGAUUCGGACAUGGUGAACACUGCGGAAGAUUUCAACGUCUUCAAUUGUUUAAGUAUGGCUGGAAUGGAUCCGUUGAAUAAUCCUAUUCCAAUAAUUGUGACAGCAUUGGAAACGAAUGAGGAAGAACGUGAUACUUGCAGUACAAAUGUUUUGAAUUGCACUUUCAAUGCUGCGCCAAAUGAUAAUAAUAUCGAUAGUACCUUCAACAUAGAGGAUGAAAAUAGUAGUCGUGAAAGUAAUGAACAGAAUGACAAAACUUUGAAGGAAGCUCCACGUGAGAAAUCUGCCAUAAAAGGAAUAGCUAGAAAGCGUAUAUUGUCCGAUAAAAAUAGUGAAAACGACAGCACACCAUCUAAGCAGAUAAAGAAGCCUGGAACAACUAAUAAAAUGAUUGUACAGAGUAAUGAUCGAAUGGGCAAGGAGAACAUGAAUAGACAGAAGCCUAUGAGUGCAAAGAAUAUCGCUAUUUUGAAUAAAUUAAAGAGCAAUACGCCUAAUCUCAUGUCGCUUUCAUCCCGAUCUAAUAAUAACCAAGAAGGGACAGAUCUGGCUCUUAAGACGAUGCGAAAUAAAGAAAGACGCGGUCUUAUGACAACGCAUCCAUAUUAUAAACCAAUUGCGGGAAAAAAACCUGCUCCAGCCAUACCAUCUACUAGAGUUCCCUGGUAAUGUCAGACAAAAAUUUGGUACCUGUAUCUUUUGGACGCAAGAUUCGGAGGAUGUAAUGAUGAGUUGUAAAGAUUACGUUAAAUAAUAAGAAUUCUAACAAGAGUCUAGCGAAGAAACCCGAGUGAAACGUAUGUAGUUAAAUUAUCAAUUUGAUUACUUUUAUCUUAUAUAGCGAUACUAUUGACUAUAUGCUUAAAGUAAAGUCAAUCGUUUUAAUAAAUUGACUUGAAUACAAUUCUAUAUUUUUUAACUUAAUAAAACUUAAA